AUGGCGAAUACAGUGUACAAUUUAUUUGUGUUUGGCGACGAUUUUGAGGCGAUUUUAGACAUAUUAGAAGAAUUUGAAGCAUUGGAGAAGCAAUUUACUGCUGUAGCUAGCGGUGUAAGUAGAAUACUGUUGAAUUUUGACGUGUAUCUGCCUGUAUCAAAGCGUAAUCACAAUUUUCAGGAUUUUAAAAUUCUUCGUCCUCCACCCGGUAGUAUGUUAAAGGAAACGAAGUCCUUGCAGCCAGUCCAAGAAAGGAGUUGGCUCUUUAACAACACAAACAACUUGAAGAAGGAACACCAGAAUUCACAGUGAUGGACUCUCUACGAAAGUUAUUCGAGGAAUGGAAAUAUUGAGAAAUUUUAUGGCAACUGUUACGCUCAAGUACCAUUAAAAUCAACCAGCUUUUUUCCUGGACUAUCUCAUAAAGCUGCCACACUUCUUGCAAAUAAAGUAGCUGAUAGCAUGUUGUCAAUCACUUGAAGUCCACUGACAAGAGCCAAAAGGACCAACAGUUAAAAACUGAGGGAACUAUCAGAGAAAGAGAAUGCAGAUCUACAGUAUGCUGGAGGUUAUGUAUUGCAUAAGCUCCACUAAAAUCAUGCAAAGAAAUUUAUACCUGAAAACCAACAGGCAAUGGCUAUGUUAAAAGUUGGAAAAAUGGAGGAAGAUUUUGGAUCUCAAAAGUUGGUGUCAAGUUUAACCCGUGGAGGUCUAUGAUGCAUAAUUCAGCCAGCACAAAAUAUAUUUUUUUAUACAGAACAUUAUUUUAGACAGUUCACUUUUAUCUCUAGUUUACACAAGAUAGACAUGUUGGGGAUAACCAAAAAUGCACUUAACGACAGUGAGGUGAUAUCAAGCUACCAAUCCAUGGUUUCAGAUGCCGAACUAGUUACUAACAGUUAUGUUAACGAAGAUGUCUUCUAUAGUAUUGUUAACUUAUAUGCAAGAUUCCGAUCAUUUUCAUUUGCAAAGGAUGUCACACAACAUCAUAAAGUUAAGGCAAAGCAAGCAAAGAUCAAGGCCCUUCGUAAGGAAAUUAUGAGAAGCUGUUACACGAGGAACAAGAUAGACUUAACUAAUUAUGCAAAACACUUUAAUCUUUUAUUGUUGAAAAUUGUUAAAGUUCAUACAGUCUAUGUAGAUAAUUAUGUCCCUCAAAAAUUUACUUAA